CGGACUGCUUCCGUGUUGUUAUUCUGUUAUUCCGCUAGUAAGUAACAAGCUAGCUACGUAAGUGAAGGCGAUUUUGAUAGUUCUUUGUCGAUUAAACCAUAAUGGUUUUGUAAGGUUGUCACAUAGUGUAGUUUUAUUUUCCAAAAUGUCAAUGCUACAAGCCUCCAAGAAGAAGGACAAGCGUAUUUUGUCUGGUACUUGUCCAGACCCAAAAUGCCAGGCGAGGCUAUUCUUCCCUGCUUACGGCUCAAUUAGCAUCGAAUGCACUGAGUGUGGCCAGCGCCACGAACAGAAGAAUCUUUUAAAUGUGGAAGAAGUAACUGAUCCAGACGUUGUGCUUCACAAUCUGCUUAGAAAUGCUCUCCUCGGUGUCACUGGAGCCCCGAAAAAGGGAACGGAGUUGGUUAAAGUAAUGGGGCUUUCAAAUUACCAUUGCAAGUUACUAUCUCCUAUUCUAACUAGAUAUGGUAUGGAUAAGCAGUCGGGCAAAGCGAAAUUACUAAGGGAAAUGAACCAAGGAGAGAUGUUCGACUGCUCACUCUUAGGGGACAGGGCUUUUCUAAUCGAACAAGAGCAUGUCUCCACCGUCGGCUAUGGCAAGGACAGGUCAGGCAGCCUGAUCUACCUCCAUGACACUCUGGAAGAGAUCAAAAAAGCCAACAGCAAUAGAGAAUGUUUUAUUCCCGUGCAUGUAGAUGGAGAUGGACACUGUCUGGUCCAUGCUGUGUCCAGGGCACUGGUAGGCAGAGAACUGUUUUGGCAUGCCUUAAGGGAGAACUUGAAACAAAACUUCAAGCAAAACCUUGAUCGCUACAAGGCUCUCUUCCAGGAUUUUAUCGAUGCUGCUGAAUGGGAGGACAUCAUCAACGAAUGUGACCCUCUGUUUAUCCCACCAGAAGGUGUGCCACUGGGACUAAGAAACAUUCACAUAUUUGGUUUGGCAAAUGUAUUACACCGCCCCAUAAUCUUGUUAGAUUCACUGAGUGGAAUGAGGAGCUCUGGGGAUUACUCCGCAACUUUCCUUCCAGGUCUAGUGCCAGAAGAGCACUGUAAGGGGAAAGACGGAAAAUUCAACAAGCCCAUCUGCAUCGCAUGGAGUAGCUCAGGGAGGAACCACUACAUCCCUCUAGUGGGAAUCAAGAAUACAGUGGUUCCCAAGUUGCCGGCUAGGCUUCUCCCUAAGGCAUGGGGCGUGCCACAGGAGCUCAUCAAGAAGUACAUCAAGCUGGAACAAGACGGAAGCUGUGUGAUUGGAGGAGACAGGAGUUUGCAAGACAAGUACGUAAUGAGACUCGUCAACGCCAUGGAGGAGAUCUUCAUGGAGAAGCACGGCAUCCACCCCGCCUUGGUGGCAGAUGUGCACCAGUACGUUUACAGACGGACGGGUGUGAUUGGAGUUCAGCCGGAGGAGGUGACGGAAGCGGCCAAGAAGUCUGUUAUGGAAAACCGUCUGCACCGCUGCUUGAUCUGCAACGCCCUCUCAGAGCUCCACGUGCUAGCUGAGUGGCUGGCGCCAGGUGGCAAGCUCUACAACUUGGCAAAGUCCACUCACGGGCAGCUGAGACCUGACAAGAACUACAGUUUCCCGUUAAACAACGUUGUCUGCUCUUACGACCCAGAAAGGGACGUCCUCAUUCCAGACUACAAGCUGAGCUCUCUAAACACCUGCAACUGGUGCCACGGCACAUCAGUGCGCCACAUUCACGGCAACGGCUCGAUCGUGUAUCUGGACGGAGACCGGACAAACACUCGAUCCCAGGGGGGGAAAUGUGGAUGCGGGUUCAAGCACUUUUGGGAGAAUAAGGAGUAUGAUAAUCUUCCAGAGGCCUUCCCUAUCACCCUGGAGUGGGGUGGACGUGUUGUGCGGGAAACGGUGUACUGGUUCCAGUACGAGGUGGACGUCACCCUGAACAGCAAUGUCUAUGACGUCGCCAUGAAGCUUGUCACCAAACAUUUCCCGGGGGAGUUUGGAAGUGAGAUCCUUAUACAGAAGGUGGUGAACACCAUCUUGCAUCACACUGCCAAAAAGAACCCUGACGAGUACAAUCCGGUUUCCAUCGACGGAGCGCACGCCCAGAGGCUCACAGACGGGGCUGACCCUCAGCAGGCAGCUGUAGACAAUCAGCCGCCCACCAAGAUCAUACUCACGGGUCCCAAAGCAAAGACCAUCCACAAAGAAGAGCUGACCAUGAGCAAGGCCGAAAGGAACCUCCAGCAGAGCAUCAGAGAACAGGCCUCAGUGGCCCAGAAGAGGAGGACUGACCAGUUGAAGCAGGAACAGAAGGGACAAGGUCGACCAUCUUCCCCAAGCGGUGCUUCAGAAGGUUCCUCUUCCUCUGCCCCAGCCACUCCCACCAAAUCCUCCUUCUCCCCAACCUCCAGUAAAGAGAAGAAGAUCCGCGUGACAACCAGUGACGGCAGGCAAGCCAUGCUGACUCUCCAGGCCCAGACCACCUUUUCAGAGCUCCAGAAGAGCAUCGCGAAAGAGUUUGCUGUCCCUCCGGCCCAGCAGUGCAUCCGCUACGGGUUUCCUCCUAAAGAACUUUGCCCUCCUAAAGAUGGGGAGGAGAAUGAGCCGGUGGCCUUGCAGCAUGGGGACCGGGUCACGGUGGAGAUCCUGAGGGGACCAGAGGUCCCCUCCUCCGUCCCUCGAGCUUCCAGUUCACAUGCGUCCCUCCACUCUGUGAAGAGCGAUGAUCCAGUGACUUCCAGUAGAACGAGUAACAGAGAGCUGCAAGACAACAUCGACCUUGAGAUGUCCUCUCUCUGCCUCCUAGCAACCCUGAUGGGAGAGGAUGUCUGGUCAUAUGCAAAGAAGCUGCCUCAUUUAUUCCAGCAGGGUGGAGUUUUCUACAACAUUGUGAAGAAAGAUAUGGGACUGCUGGACGGCAAGCACUGCACCCUGCCCCACCUCAGCGGGAAGACGUUUGUCUACAAUGCUGCAGAGGAGCGUCUGGAGCUGUGCGUGGACACCGCGGGACACUUCCCUGUUGGCCCCGACGUGGAGGACCUCGUCAAGGAGGCCCUGGUCCAGCUGCGCUGUGAGACCACUUCCAGGAGCCGCGAGGGGAGCCCAUCCCACGGCCUGCUACGUCUCGGCAGCGGCGGCGUGGUGCGCAAGAAGGAGCAGCUCCAGAACGUCACGGCCUUCCAGGGGAAAGGUCACUCCCUGGGCAGUGCUCCCCCUGGCUCCUCCCCCCCAGAGCACAAGCCAAUCACCCGCCAGCACAGUAGCGGUGUGGACCUAAGCGCCAGUGUGUCCAGAGGGCCCGAUCUCUCAGACAUCCCCGAGGACGCCACCAAGGAGCUGGUACGCAUGGCCCCUGGGUUUGUUACCAUGAAGGACAGCCGACACCUGGACCCUGACAUGAUAGAGGAGCAGAGGAAAAAGCUACAGGAAAUGGUCUCCUCCAUCCAGGCCUCCAUGGACCGCCACCUGAGGGAGCAGCAGAGCAUCGCUGCAGCCCCUGGGGGCUCUGUGGAGCGGACAGGCGGGGCCAGGAUACCCGCUCCCCAGUCAGGCACGGCCAACCCAGAGCUCUCGUCUAUGGACGUGUCUGCGGCAAAUCUACAGAGGGAGGUGGGAGCCAAGCCCGGAGGGAGAGAUGCUAGCUCUGAAGAGCUGGAGGAAAUGGAUAGCCAGGAUGCUGAGCCUACAAAUGUGAUGGAGCCAAUGGAUCAUUCCUGAUUGAAAUUAUCUUAGUUUUCUCUAUUAUGAUACCGUAACCUCGCCCCACCCCCCCAGUUUGACUGGUUGCCAUUACUAUUUGUGGGAAAAUGCUUCAGGUGGUAUCUACAGCUUUGGUAUCCAUUGUGUUUCUGUUGUAAUUACUGCAUGACUAAAGAGAGGUUUCAACCAUUUUUGCCUUUCGAUGACAGGCUAAAUGUUAUUAUACGAAACAUGCACCAAGGUCCAAGGCUGGUCGCUCGUGUGUUAAAUGCAUUCCUGUAGAUAGCUGCUCUUCACGUCUUAAGAUAAUGAAGGGUAUGACAGCUUGAGGAGAUGAUUCCCCCCACCCCACUCCAGCAAUGUAAUGUCUGUCCGCAAAAAAACCCCAACAUGCUUCAACCACCGCACUACCAUCGACAUGAACGCACAUAUCAUUUUUGGCGUAUAUGCAUACAUGCAAGAGGGAAAUAUUCCAAACUGUUUGUUGGUUGAGUGUUUCUCCCAAUAACUAAUAUUUGAUUCCUAAUUAAGGGAGAGCCACUUACAAUCUUAAGCAUAUGUCCUAAAGCAAUUAUCAAAUUUUUCCAAUAUAAUGUUUAUUUGAGCUGCAAAUAUUAUAGGAAAUGUCUUUGGAUCCCAUGUUAAAUACAAAUAUAUAACUAAUAGGAAAGAUUUCUGUUGGAAAUUGAUUCUACAAGCCAAUUGUCUGCUAUACACCAACUGGUGUGUGAAUAUUGAUAGUAGUCGGAUAGUCAGAUGCAUAUUUUCAAUAUAAUUUAGCCUAGAAUUAAAUAAGUAGCUGGUUGGAAGCCAUUUUAAGAAACAUUUGCAUAAUCUUACAAAAUCUCAUUGUAAGUGAAACCUUACUAAUGGCAAUUUCGUUUUUCACUCUUGUGGCUUGAACAGUAAAUGGGAUACAGGGGAUGACAUAUUUAGUCACUUUAGUCAAAGAUUCUUAACUCAUUUCAGGUUAAAGAUCCAUGUCAUGUUGUUAUUCUUACUCCAAAGAGGACUCCAGAGAACAUUCAGGUGUAAAUGUAUGGAAACAUGAUAUUGCUGUCAAAGUGCGAUAGGAAAUCAGUCAGAGAUGACGAACCCCCCUUGCUGAAUCCCUGAAAGACAAUGUGUUGUGUCCAUUUGAUCUCACUUAGCUUUGAACUGAGUGCUGCAUCUCACUGUGGGUUGAGGUGUUCACAGAUUCAUCUAAGUGCAUUUGAUUGUAAGCCUGUAGACAAAACUAGGACACGCUUCACAUCCCUUCUUCUCAGCUUGUAACAUCAUCAUUCUCUUUCCUUAUAUUUAUAAAACAAAGCUCUCUUGCUUUGUUUAUCUGAAUUUCAAUUAAAAACUGGGUUGAAUAUUUUAAAGCAGAAGUCUCAAUAAUAUUCAAACUCAAAGUGGCCAUUUAGGCGCAAUGGCCAGUUAGUUUACACUUGUGUUGCCAACCCAAGAUUUUUUUUGUUUUAGAAAACUCCUUGUUGCUCUUGAAUGACAUGGCUGCCAUUGUCAGUUUAUUAUGGCCUUAAAUCCUUGAGUCUUACUAAAUAUGGGCCUGACUUCUGUGCAAGGUUUCUUAUUCUGGCAUACACAGGGGUGAACUGCAGGGUUUUUUUUUUCUCCAAGUGACAGGGUUUUAUUUCCAGUGGAAUACAUUCUAAAGCUUAGCACUUUUAGAAAAGGAGGGAAUGUCAAUACAGAACAUACUAGCUAUACAUAAUAUAGUCAAUGAUAUUGUCAGAGGAAAAAAUUCAAGGAAACUUGCCUAACUCGGUUAACACUGAUUCAACAAACUUCCAAGUUUGUUUCUUUGUGACUGCUGUACUUAUUUACAUGUAUUGUAAGCCAGUUGUAUUAUAAUAGUAUAUAUUGUAGUAUACUUUGAUCUGUACAGAAACUUGAGAUGUUCAGUUCCUUCAUUUUGUUUUGUUAACUUCUCUCGUUUGCUAAUAAAAAAAAGAUUCGAGAUA